AUGAAUUAUCAAAAUCUUGCAAUUUGCUUUGCACCUUCAUUAAUUCAAUCAUUCGAUACUUCAUGUAUCGAUGUUAUCGAAAGACUAAUCGACCAAUAUGAGGCAAUAUUCUCAGUAGUUGUAGUUGUAGAUAAUAACAGUAAUGGUGGCAGCAUAGAUUUAUCAUCCUCUCCAACAAUAUUAACCGAAUCAUUAGUGGAUUCAAAUAAAAGUGGUGAUGAUAAUAGUAAUAACUAUCAAGUUGUAUUGGACUCUUCUCAAGUGUUGGAUCAGCUAUAUAGUAGUAAUAGUGGCCAUUUAAGAGCAAGCAACGGUAUAAAGAAAUCGCCAUUACUAGGUUCAAGUAAUCUUAGAAAGAGUGUUAUACCACCACCAAAUAUGGAUAUUCAAGAUAAUGAUGAGGAGGUCGAAGAAGAUGCCGAAGUAGUAUCAAGACCAAGAAAGAAUACUAAAGCAUUGUAUUUAUCAAGAGUAGGACCACCAAAAAAUCAACUUGGAUCAACUCCAACUAAAAGAUUGCACAGUGUUAACUCAAUCGAUUAUAAUAAACCGGCUGAACCAUUCGAUAGAUCUGCAAUUAAUAUUAAUAAAGGAUCACUAAAUAAACAAAUGACAAUUAUAAACCCAUCGCCAUCAACACCAGAAAGUGACUGUACUUCAAUAGGCAGUGAUGAAGAUGAAGAAUUAAAGAUUAUUAAACCACUCAGUAGAUCCCCAAGUGUUAACAAUUUAGUAGAGGAGGUAAACAAGUUAAAUAUGGACAUCGAGUCAACCAAUGUCAAUUGUGGUGGUACAGUAGAUAACAGCACCUAUUAUAGAGGAGAUGAUUCAACUACCACAGCACAGGGCACCCCAGUUCUUGCUACUCAUUAUUCAAAUAUUGAAAAACCAGUAUAUAACUAUAAUAGAUUUCUACAACCUGCAAAUAGAUCUUUAUCAAAUCCAAAUAUUAAAAACUUUUCAGUUCCAGCAAGUUCUAUAGCAAUUAGCAAUCAUUCAAAAUAUAAUAAAAGAAGUUUAUUUUCGCCAGUUAGAAAGCAAUCGAUUGUUUCAUCAAAAAAAAAUACAUUUUCUGGUACACCAUCACCAGCAUUUAAUAGUAGUAACGACGGCAUCAGUGAUAGUGGCACCAAUACUCCAUCACUUUCGACUCAAUCAUCAAAAACUGAUUUAACAUCUUCAGUUAGCAGUAUAAGUAGCAACAUCAGUACAAGCAGCAACAGUAGUACAAGUAGUAGUAUUAGCACAAGUAGUAAUGUAGGCAAAAGUACCACAGGUAAUAGCAUUAGUACAAGCAGUAAUAUUGGAAAAAAUGCUACUACCACUACCACUACCACCGUUAGUCAUAAUAAAACGCCAUCUACAUCAUCAGCAUCCUCAAUUUCUUCAGGUGCAGCAACUACAAUAAGUCCAAUUAAAAAAGUUUCACAUCAACACACAAACUCUUUAUCAUCAAUACCACCAUCAAUAGUCGGUGGCAGUGGAAGUGCAGCAUCAUCUUCAACAAACAGUAACAGCAGUUCACCAAACCUUACAUCAUCAACACCCUCACCAGUUAGACCAUCUUUGAACCACACAGUUUCAGCAUCAACAUUAAUAUCCAAAUUUAAUCAGUUUGAAAAUAACAAUAAUCAAUCACCCUCAACUGCGAAUUGGAAAAGUGGAGUCCAAAAAAAUAAACAAGCCCCUGUAAAAAAAUCGGUUUCUAUAUUUGAAAAGAAAUCAUAA